AUUACACGGAAUGUUUUUAAAUAACCGCGUCGGUCCCCGAUCAGAUGUGCGUGUUUCCGAGUGGAGUGAGCAGAACGAAUCUGAUACAGGUUUCAAAAACAGUUUCAACGACCAACACGGUACACAUAGUAAGAAUGACAACCAAGCGGCGGAAAAAGGUUUAAACUUCCGACGACGUCGAGGGGAAAAUCUAAGACCGGGCUCAGUAAACUAUGCGAACUUUGUUGAAAAAAGAAUUUUCAACAAACGCCAGGCCUGGACACCGUGUCUAUGGCAACGUAAAAGGGACAAACACUCGCUUGUAAAGGUUAAUCCUACCAGGGGCUGGUCCGGACUGAAAUACAGACAAACCAUGCGUUGGAACAGUGUCAAGCUGCGUUGGAAAGAGUGGACGGCUGGGCUGGAGGUCUGGAGAGGCGCACUCAAACGAAUAGAAGGUCACCAAGGUACGAGCGUCGUGUCAUACUUUGUCCUCCUCAAGUUUCUCUUCUUCUUGAACAUCUUUAUCUUUUUCGUCACAUUCGCCUGUAUCGUUAUUCCGGAAGUUGUUUUCGCGCGCGCGGGAUAUUCACUCCGUACUACCGGUAGUGACAAUAUUUCAAAUGAUGAAGGCGUUUCAUUGGCAGAGGGAUGCGAGGCCGGUUAUGUCGUCAACACCUCCACAGGUUUUCAAGUCGUGUUGGAUUUCAUUCAGGGAACUGGGUGGAUGUCUAUGACAGCGUUUUUCUACGGUUACUAUGGCAGCGAGGAGGUGACCACGCCGGCAGGGCUGUACCACGUGCCUCUUGCCUACCUAGCGUCCGUGUCCACAUCGCUUCUUGUCAGCCUCGCCGUCCUUUGCCAUCAUGCAUUUUCCAACACGGAGUCUCUAGAAAUCGGAAGGGAUGGGAACAGUCGGUUUUUUCAGUCCGUGCUCUGCCGCUGGGACUUCCGGUUGAUGGACGAGGCACCGGUUCGCCUCCACCAGAGAAACUUGUACAUGCUUAUAUCGGCGCAGCUGCACGAGCUCCGACACCAAAAAUGGCGAUCGGGGAGCUCCAACGUGGUCCGCUGCUGCCUCUGGGUCGUGCGCGUCAUCGUGAACCUUGUUAUCCUGGGCCUUCUUGGAGGGGCCGCCGCCGCCAUCUUUUUCGCUCAGAGAUUCUCAGCUGAUUUCACCACGAGCGAGGAAGCAGCCAGCUACCACACGUUUGUGGUGCUUGUCGUGGAGUUCCUUCCUUCAAUCGCCAUAGCGGCAGUCAACGCCACCUUCCCAGCAAUCUUUUAUAUGGCCGCAAGGCUUGAGAGAUACACGCCUGCAUUCGUGAUAAAGAUUACCAUUAUGAGGAUUGUAUUCGUACGUCUGGCGGCUCUGAUUGUCAUCACAGCGACGAUUUACACCGAGGUCACGUGUUCCCCUGCCAAUGAGUGCCUGGUCGGUACCGGCGACUGUCCGGCCAUACAGUGUUGGGAGACGUAUUUCGGUCAGCAAAUCUACAAGUUCAUGGUUGUGGAAAUUUCUUGUGACGUCCUGAUUAUAUUUCUCUACCAGCUGCCUAGAAAGUUUUUAACUACAAAGUGUAAAGCGGUGAUUUUACAGAAGAUCGGUCCGGCAGAAUUUGACGUCGCCAUUUCUGUCCUUGACCUUGUGUACGCACAGGCGCUGUGCUGGUUGGGAUUAUUCUUUUGUCCGUUGCUACCAGCGAUGAUGGUUGGCCGGCUCUUUUUACUCUUUUACCUGAUGAUGUUUUCGGCGCUGCACACAACGGUUCCUCCCGUCAAUUCAUACAGGGCAGCCCGCUCUAACGCUUUCUUUACGUUGACGCUCCUAGUGACGUUCUUUCUUGUUGGCGCACCGAUAACAUACGUUCUUAUUCACAUGCGCCCGUCUCCGAUGUGCGGGCCGUUCCGCGUCCUUCAGGCGCCUGUUAAUGCCCUCACCCUGCAGGUGGCGCUGUCGCCUCCCUGGGUUCAUACUCUCCUUAGCGUCAUCUCCUCCACCGCCUUCGUACUUGGGCUGAUUCUCGUGUUGUUGAUUACGAUAUACUAUUUCUCUGCCAGACGAUCAAAGGACAGGCAGUUGAUUGCGCAUUUAAACAACCAGCUGUCCAAGGAAGAGAAAGACAAAGAAUACCUAUUUAAACACCUCACCAAAAACGUCAACACCGGUGACACCAACAAGAAGGUCUUCGAAAGGCAAACAACAACAAACAGACAACGAUUACCCAGCGUCGAGACACCGAAUUUGAUGAAAGAAACCUACGAUCUGGUUGAUGACGGAGAUGUUGAUGGCAAUGAAGACAUCCAAGAAGCUACUGCGGAGGUUGCAGUACAGGAAUUCAACGAGGAUGAUUGGUAGAAGACGGUCGUUAUGCUUCCAUCCGACGGCAGUGUUUAAGUGGAGUUAUUUACAUACAGUUGUUCAAAGUCACAAAAGUCCUGUAUUUAUGUCUUUUAGGACAAAAAAUAAGUUUCCAUUAACAUCUCAAAAACAAACGUGUGCUUAACUUGUGUUUCCAUAAAAAAAAGAUGAGAACCGUGAUUUCGUACCGAAAAUACCUAUAUAAGAGUAUGUCACUAUUUCAGAAAAGAAAUAACAUGGUGAAAUUUAAACAUUUUCUGUAAAAACAAAACAGUCAAUGUAUUUAUGUUUGCCAAUUACUGUUUCCAUCGGUUACAUGAAUUAAGCUUUAUGAGUGAUGAAUGUUCGUGUUGAAUACUUGCAGUUAUCAUAGGCAUGUCGGUGCCUGUUGAAGGACAAUUAGGCAGAAAUAAAACUAUGUUUUGAGUGAUUUUAAAUUUUUAUUACAUAAUUGUUAUAUGAUAAGUCAUUAUAGCAGUACUAAUUUUUGAAUCGCUAAAAGUGUUUUUUUAAAAAGGAACUCUUUUUGAAACACU